GCGGGGCUUGUUGUGCUUCUGCUGCUGCGGCGGCUGCUUCUUGGGCCUGCAGGCGCUGCCGGAGCCCCGCGCUGGCGUGAGCGAGCUCCCCGGGGGAGAGAGCGAGCGAGCGGGAGAGAUUGCGCCUGCCUGCCUUCCUCUUCCGCGGCCAUGGCGGCGCCUGCAGCGGGAGCGUCGGCGGCGGAGACCAAAAUCAUCUACCACCUGGACGAGCAGGAGACGCCGUACCUGGUGAAGGUGCCCAUCCCGGCCGAGCGGGUCACGCUGGGCGACUUCAAGGCCCUCCUCAACCGGCCCAGCUACAAGUUCUACUUCAAGUCCAUGGACGACGACUUCGGGGUUGUGAAGGAAGAAAUCUCCGAUGACAAUGCAAGGCUUCCCUGUUUCAACGGCCGAGUGGUAUCAUGGCUUGUAUCAGCUGAAGGCUCUCAUUCGGAUGCCGGAUCUGUUUGUGCCGACAAUCAGCCAGAGUUGCCACCCUCCAUUGAGCGAACAGGAGGGAUAGGAGACUCCAGGCCACCUUCUUUUCACCCCAACACUGGAGGAAGUCGGGAGAACCUGGAUAAUGAGACAGAAACUGACUCCGUGGUGUCAAUACAGAGAGAACGACCCCGCAGAAAAGAUGGACCUGAACAUGUGCCCAGGGUGAACGGGACGGCCAAAGGGGAACGUCGGCGGGAACUCGGUGGCUAUGAAAGCUCCUCCACCCUCAUGAGCAGUGAACUGGAGACCACCAGCUUCUUUGAUUCAGAUGAGGAUGAUUCCACUAGCAGGCUUAGCAGCUCCACAGAACAGAGCAGUGCCUCCCGCCUGAUGAGAAGGCACAAGCGACGUCGGCGGAAACAGAAAGUACCACGUAUUGAGCGGUCCUCGUCCUUCAGCAGCAUCACAGAUUCCACCAUGUCGCUGAAUAUUAUCACCGUCACCCUCAACAUGGAGAAAUACAAUUUCCUGGGUAUUUCCAUUGUUGGACAGAGCAAUGAGCGUGGUGAUGGUGGCAUCUACAUCGGUUCCAUCAUGAAAGGAGGUGCUGUGGCAGCAGAUGGAAGGAUUGAGCCAGGAGAUAUGCUGCUCCAGGUGAACGAUAUCAACUUUGAGAACAUGAGCAACGAUGAUGCUGUGAGAGUGCUGAGGGAGAUUGUGCACAAGCCUGGACCCAUCACGUUGACUGUUGCCAAGUGUUGGGAUCCUAGCCCCAGGGGCUGCUUCUCGUUGCCUAGGAUUGCUCCCCAGCGGAUCUGGGCUGGGCCAGACUCUCCAUGCUCCGAUCCGGGUGAGCCCAUACGACCCAUUGACCCAGCUGCCUGGGUUUCCCAUACUGCGGCGAUGACUGGCACCUACCCAGCGUACGGUAUGAGCCCAUCCAUGAGUACAAUCACUUCCACCAGCUCCUCCAUCACCAGCUCCAUCCCAGAAACCGAGCGCCUCGAUGACUUUCACCUGUCCAUCCACAGUGACAUGGCCACCAUUGUCAAAGCCAUGGCCUCGCCUGAGUCAGGCUUGGAGGUACGCGACCGCAUGUGGCUGAAGAUCACAAUCCCCAAUGCUUUCAUUGGUUCUGACGUGGUGGAUUGGCUCUACCACCACGUGGAAGGCUUCACAGACCGACGAGAAUCCCGCAAGUAUGCCAGCAACCUGCUGAAGGCUGGCUACAUUCGGCACACUGUCAACAAGAUCACCUUCUCGGAGCAGUGCUAUUACAUCUUUGGCGACCUCUGUGGCAACAUGGCCAGCCUCUCCUUGCACGAUCACGAUGGAUCCAGCGGUGCCUCUGAUCAAGACACAUUGGCUCCACUGCCCCAUCCGGGAGCUGCUCCGUGGCCCAUGGCCUUCCCAUACCAGUACCCUCCGCCCCACCCAUACAACCCCCAUCCUGGGUUUCCUGAUCCAGGUUACAGCUACGGAGGGGGCAGUGCAGGCAGCCAGCACAGCGAAGGAAGUCGGAGCAGUGGCUCAAACCGCAGCGGCAGCGAGAGAAGGAAGGAGCGAGAGCCCAAGGCCGGAGAGUCCAAGUCAGGCGGCAGCGGCAGCGAGUCGGACCACACCAGUCGCAGCAGCAUGCGCCGGGAGCGGGCGGCCAGUGAGCGCUCGGUGCCGGCCAGCCAGCGCAGCCACCACUCGAUGGCCCACAGCCUCCGGAGCCAUCAUAGCCAGCAGUCCUACGGGCCCCCAGGCCUCCCGCCGCUCUACAGCCCUCCCAUGCUCCUGAUGCCUCCACCGCCACCCUCCGCCCUGGGACCCCCGGGGGCCCCCCCUGGCCGAGACCUGGCCUCCGUGCCCCCCGAACUGACGGCCAGUAGACAGUCCUUCCGAAUGGCCAUGGGCAACCCCAGUGAGUUCUUUGUGGAUGUAAUGUGAAGCACCGCCCCUCCCUGCCUCUGUCCCUGAAUGUCUGCUGCCCGCAACGGUUUGUCUUCUAGGAACAACCCAGCCUCAGCCUGUGUGGGAUGUCCUUUUUAUUAUUUUAUUUGGUCUUGAUAAUUAUGAAAAGGGAAAAACAAAAAUAAACUGAACUAAACAUGUUUUGAUUCUAAUCCCUGCCUGCAAGUGGACCUGGCCGCCUCCCCCGACUCCCCCCUGGACUUGAUUGCCGAAGUGAAUGCCCUUGCUUGCACCGGUCCCCUAAUACUUUUUCUAACCCCAUUAAUCUGCAUCUGCCUGGGGCCUCCGCCGCUCGCCUGUGUUUUUUGUGCCGGCUCACUGCUCCUGCCCUAAACACGUGCCCUCUUUCUUCUCGCCCCUUUUUGUGUUCCUUUCUGUCGAGCAGCCAAGAAUUACGGGGUGUUUGACUUCCUUUGAGCCGGCCACCCACGGUGGGGAGAGCCGCGGCGUGUUGUGGCGGUUCUGGUGGUGGUCCGGCUCCCCAUCCAACAGAGGAAGACUCAGUACCUUACAGGCAGGCACUUGGGCCCAUCUGGGGGCUGAAGAUGGCUCUUUUCCUACCGGUGGAAAAACACCCCAUCUAUUCCAUAACUUGGGGAGGGGAAACGGGGCUCAAAUCCAGUUUCGUGUGUCUUCAGUCUGUCAAAUGUAGCAACUUAGUGGCUAUUCACACUAGUUUCAGAGGUGAAACAAAUUCCAACCAAGCCAGGCAGUGGAGACCUCCCCUUGCUAUGGCCGAUUGAUUCCCAAACUGCAACAAGGGCCUCCUGGGGAAAUGCCAGAAACCCUUUAGGAAGCUUGCACUCUUCCAUGAUUCUCUGCUUCCCAAAGUCUUGACUGGGACCAGUAGUGAGAGUGCCAGCCCAUCGUAUUCUCUGUUAUGCCAAGUUCCUGAAACUACCAAAGGUACGAGUGCCAUUCCCUCCUUCUGGAAAUUGCAUCCACUUUUCCCCUCCAAAUGGAUUUUCCUGUGUCAGCGCUCAAAGUGAAUGGUCUUCUUGUUGUGUCUGUUCUUCUGGUGUCCUAUCAGAGCUUUUUUUUCCUAUCAUAUCUGUGCACACUUUUGUUAGCUUAACCACCCUGGACCUCUUAUCAGUUGCGAAAUGUAGUGUGUUUUCCAUACCCAAUUUCAUUUGCUGUUUUGUUUGAACUUCCUGCAUCCCUAUGACAACUGCAUUGCUGCUUUUUUUCUCCUUUCUUCUUGUAAUUCUUUCUUCCUCAUUUUCUUUCUGGUGUUCUUGUUUUUAGUGUCCUAUUAUCCUUUCGUUCUUCUAUGCUUUUCAUAACCCCAAAAGCACAUUAAAGCAAACAAGAGGGAGAUUGCUGCAUUUCUAGAAGAGUAGCUGACCUUCCAAUUUACUUAGACCCUUUCACUGGAACAUGGACCUCUAGUUCAUGUUCUUUUUUACUGUUUGUGGGGAAAUUGUGGGUCCUGAUUUUCAUAGUUGUGAAGAUACAAUUUGUAGAAAUCUCCAAGUGAAGGAAAUUUGGUCUGUUAAUCUAUUCCAUGGGUAUUGGAUGUAUUCUCAUCAGUAGAUAAGCAGAAACAAAUGGAACCUAGAACAAAAUGCAGAGCUUCUGUUCAUUGUUUGGCAGCCUACAAUGCCCCGUUCCCUAUAUUUGGAAAAAGGCGGGAUAAAAGUAAACUAACUAGCCUACCAUGCCCCAUUCCAUAAGGCUCCACUUCAUGUCACCGUAGCAUCCAACAGUCAGGCAAUAACUCCUUAUUGGCCUGUUUUGCAGCACUUCUUUCUAAAGAUUCACAUGAAAGUUGAGAGUUUUCUGCAAAACCACUGAUCCCUUCCUUUCGUGUCAGUCUGUUUCAGGUUUGAUGGCCUUAAUACAAACUGUCUGUCAGAGAGUCCUGCUUGGUUGCAGUGGCAACACUUGAGGCAAAGCUAGGCAGCUAGGCCAUCUGUGUCACUAGAAAAGGAUGGUGAGGUCCAGAUUCAAGCUUAGAAAAAGAGGUGGCAAUAGUUGAUCCAGGAAAGUCUCUGCAAAUGCCAGACUCUUUUUGUGUGAGUGGUGGUGCUUGACUUUAUCAUAAGGGUAGUCAGGCAGAGUAUGGAUUGAGGCAUCCAAGGAAUAACAUGGAAGUUGUCUUAAUCUGUGGAAGCUACACUCUUUACAUAACGGAUCAGUGGAGUUACCUUUGCAGGAUUACAUUAUUGUAACCAUGGAGUACACACAUCUAUGUUUUUUCAGUAUUUUGAAUAGUGUCCACUAUAAUAGUGUCCACUAUUAUAACUCAGCUGCCAGUGAGGAGGAUUGCUAAAGGUGGUAGCCUGUUUUACUUUUUGGUAGAUUUUCUCCUUUUGGUAGACUAUGCUGUGCCUCAUGUACUUCUGCCUUUUACUUACUGACUUAUUUGCCUGUUGAAUGAAGCACAAGUGGGAACUUCAGAUCAUUUCACCUUGUUUUCCUAGCACCGGGGGAGACUUUAGAGAGCUACUUCUCUCAGCUUUGAGAGACAAAAAAGGGGAGCAAGCAAAAAUAAUAAAUAAAAUAUAUACACUUAGGAUAGAUUUUGUAUGACCAAGUUUAUCCUGAAAGUAGACUGAUCCCACCUUCUGAGGCAAAUAUUUGCCAGCUGCUGUAGGAGGUUGAGUAGGCUUUGACCGAAGGCCCUUCCACACAGCCAUAUAACCCAGAAUAUCAAGGCAGAUAAUCCACAAUAUCUGCUUUGAACUGGAUUAAAUGAGUCCACACUGCCAUAUAAUUCAGUUCAAUGUGGAUUUUAUACAGCUGUGUGGAAGGGGCCUCGGAUAUCCAUCCCAAUGCUAUGGUGCAUAGAGACAAACAGGCUUUGAAAACCACCUACAGUAGAGUCUCACUUAUCCAAGCUAAACGGGCCAGCAGAAGCUUGGAUAAACGAAUAUCUUGGAUAAUAAGGAGGGUUUAAGGAAAAACCUAUUAAACAUCAAAUUAGGUUAUGAUUUUAUGAAUUAAGCACCAAAACAUCAUGUUUUACAACAAAUUUGACAGAAAAAGCAGUUCUAUACGCAGUAAUGUUAUGUUGUAAUUACUCUAUUUACAAAUUUAGCACCAAAAUAUCACGAUAUAUUGAAAACAUUGACUACAAAAAUGGCUUGGAUAAUCCAGAAACUUGGAUAAGCAAGGCUUGGAUAAGUGAAACUCUACUGUAUUUGGGAACUGAUUUGAUAGUUCUGCUGUCUUCAAGAUGUGAAUGAGCCCCAGGACACCAGAGAAAAGAGAGCAGGAUGGAUGCAGGUGAUAAUCUCUCUCCCCAUUUCUUUUCUCCUUGCAUCUGCUUUGCUUCCCUUCCUUUUCCCAGUGUUGUCUUCUCAUCUCUUUCUGGAUGAAAGAGCAACCAGUUUGGGGCUAAAAAGAAAUGUAUGUAACGAUGAUCAGUCCAGGCUCCUCUGCUGGAAGAUGAAAACAGUUUCCAUGGGAACACUCUGUCACUUGUAGUCCUGCCAUAGAACAGACAUUUUGGCACCGGAUUGGGAGAAUCAUUCCUUUCUGGCAUUCAUGCUGCCAGGUGGAAAUAGCAAUGACAGACAGGAGCCUUGCAGGAAAUGAGACAUCUUCCCUUGAUAUAAUUCCCAGUGUUUGAGUAGAUUGAGUGUUGCACUAAGACUUCACUCAUGUCUGCUAUGUAAGGCUAUGUAAGGUUAUGUAAGGUUAAGGCUGUUUCGCUGUCACGUUAGCCAUCCCUUUUAUAUUUUCCUGGAUGCGACAUUGCCACCUAGCCUGCCCUCUCUGCUGGCCGCUUCCUUUACCAGGUACUACUACACUUUUGCCCCGUUUCCCCUUCAGUUUCCUUCCUUUUCCUUUGGUGCUAUCUUCCUGUGUCACACAUAUUCUCCCCUUCCAAAUUUUAUAUAGAUUGAAACCAUCCUAUGUGUUUUUUAUUUAUAAAAAUAGUUUUAUUGGACUCCA